UCGCCGUGGCGCAAUGGGUGAUGUGCACCGUUAACCGGAAGUCGGUUCCGUACACUUAGAAAUUCUUGUUUUUUCUGUUCUCUCGGAGAAAAGGACACGACCAGCUGCUGAACUGAGUAGAGCUGAGGGAGCGGGCGGGAGUCCCCUCCAGGCCGGAUGAAGCAUGCGGAGGGGGUUCUUAAAACAGUCUCUUUGUUGCUUUUCCAACAUCAUGGUUUACGGAACACGAGCACCCCACACAGAAAAGUCCCACUCGGUUAUUUUCAUGAUGGGGCUGAAAGAUGCACAGAGGCUUGUUUCAACCACAGUGAUGGUGUUUCUGGCCAAGUGAUUGGAAACAUGAAUUUGCCCAUGAAUUGGGGACAUUUUUGAAGCCUUUCAGAUUUUUAUUUCCUUUUCAAAGACCAAUUGAGGGACAUGUAACAUGAAAUACAUCUCCUGGAGCCCGAGAUUGAAGAGCUUGGAGAGAAGGCAUAGACACUUCUGUGAUCCUCCCCGUCCACAAUGCUGAGCCCUGGUUGGACGAGUGCUUGAGGUCUGUUUUGCAGCAGGACUUCGAAGGCUCCCUGGAGCUCUCGGUUUUUAACGACGCCAGUAAGGACAAGUCUAUGGCUAUCAUUGAAAAAUGGAAAGUGAAGCUAGAAGGCUCUGGUAUCCUCGUGGUAAUUGGAGGGCAUGAUUCCCCUUCUCCCAGAGGAGUCGGAUAUUCUAAAAACCAAGCAAUAGCACAGAGCUCAGGAUCUUACCUGUGCUUUUUGGAUUCGGACGAUGUGAUGAUGCCGCAGAGGGUGAGGCUGCAGCUCGAAGCCGCCGCUGGGCACCCGACAAGCAUCAUAGGCUGCCAAGUGAGGAGAGAGCCCCCUAACUCCACGGAGCGGUACACGCGCUGGAUCAACCAGCUGUCGCCUGAGCAGCUGCUCACUCAGGUCUUCACCUCCAAUGGCCCAACUGUGAUCAUGCCCACCUGGUUCUGCUCGCGAGCAUGGUUUUCUCACGUGGGCCCGUUCGACGAGGGCGGGCAGGGCGUGCCCGAGGACCUGCUGCUCUUCUACAACCACCUCCGCCAGGGCGGUGACGUCCGCCGGCUGGACCAGAGCCUGCUCCUCUACCGCUACCACCCGGGCGCCGCCACGCACUGCGUGCUCGAGACUACCAUCUGGACCCAUCGUGUCCGCUUCCUGGAAGAGCGGGCUUUGCCACACUGGGCAACCUUCACCAUCUGGAAUGCCGGCAAGCAGGGCCGCCGGCUCUACCGCAGCCUUACAGCAGAGUCGCGGCACAAGGUGGUUGCCUUUUGUGACGUAGACGAGAACAAGAUCAAGAAGGGCUUUUACUGCUACGAGGACUCUCAGGAAAGGCCCAAGCCCCGGGUGCCCAUCCUGCACUUCCGAGCCGCCCGCCCACCCUUCGUCAUCUGCGUGAAGCUGGACCUUACUGGAGGUGCAUUUGAGGACAACCUGAGGUCGCUGCACCUGCAGGAGGGCCGGGACUUCCUCCACUUCAGCUGACAGGCCCACAGCUGCAGCUAGUCCUGCAGGCUCAUUUCUGCCACGUGGAGUCGUGUCCUCAGCACGAGAGCGAGCGUGUCCAGCCUCUUGACUCCACGGCUGCCAGGAUUCGGGCAGCAGGGCACCGCUGUG